AUGUCCGUCUCGUCCUUCGAUUACACCCGCGUCCUCGUGACGGCGGCCUUUACCAUCAUCCACUACAUCACGGGCUCCAUCUUCUUCGACCUCGUGCACUGGCAGGCGCACCAGAAGACGCGCAACAAGUUUGUGCGGUGGCUCAACCGGACGCACGCGGCGCACCACCAGUACUUCAACCGGCAGCUGCGGUUCAACGCCAAGUUCCGGUACGCCAAUCUCGUCACGCACAUGCCGCUCGAGUUUGCCUGCCAGGCCGUGGGCAGCACCGGCAGCUGGCUGGUGCUGCGCCGGCUGUACCAAACAUGCGCGUGGGACCUGCUCAUCGUCAUGGCAGUGCAGGUGGUGCGGACGGCCGUCGUGGCGUGGAACACGGGCCACGAUUCGAACCACAUCCCGUACGAGACGGUGCCGAAAGACAGAAACAGCAUGAUUGUCGGCCCCGAGUACCACGUGCUGCACCACAUUGAUCCGCAAAACUACUUUGGCUCCAUGGUGCGCGUCGUCGACAUGCUCUUCGGCACGGCCACGACGCUCAAGGGCCGUCGCGUGGCCAUGACCGGGUCCGGCGGCGCCCUCGGCAGCGCGCUGGCCAGCAUCCUGCGCACAGAGCAGGUCGCGUCGGUCACGGCGCUGCGGCACGGCGUCGAGUGGUCCGCGGGCGACUACGCGCGCCUGGCGCCCAUCCUGGCCGAGACGGACGUCCUCGUGCUCUGCCACGGCACCAAGGACCCGCGCGCCGCGCUGGCCAUGAACUGCACCUCGGCCGUCGCCAUCAUCGAGCUCUUCAAGCAGGCGCGGGCGCGGACCCGGCCCGAGCUGAUCCCCGAGGUGUGGUACGUCGGCAGCGAGGCGGAGCUGCACGGCGCGCUGCUGCCCGGCGACACCGUCAUGCGGGCGUACGCCGCGUCGAAGCGGGCGUUUGUGCCGUUUGCGCGCGCGUACUAUGACGAUGACGCCAUCAACUAUAGGCACAUUGUCCCCGCGGCGUUCAGGUCGCGCAUGGGCUCGGCCGUGGUCGGCCCGGAAUGGGCGGCGCGCGUCGCCGUCUGGUGGAUUCGGAGGGGAGCGCAGUAUGUGCCGGUGACUUACACGGGGCUCGCCUUUGUCAAUUACUUUCGCUUCAUGUAUUGGGUCUCACCAACGCCGGCCAGCUCCCUCAAAGCGCAGAAAUCGCAGUGA